CCCCAAGCCUUGGGACGGCGUGGAAUUUGACUCGGCUUUACGAGUCUGCGGCUUUUUCUGCCGUCCCAUCUCUCUCUCGCUCCCCCUUUCACCGUACCUGAGAAAAAGAAAGAGAGAAAAGAAUACCAAAGGAGGACGAGGAGGUCGGCGAGGGUUCUCUGAUAGCGGCGAUGGAGGAGUUCUUGAAGGAGUGCGAGCGAUCGGGGGACGCGGCCUACGCCGCUUUCAAGGCCCUCCUCGAGCGGCUUGAGUCCCCCGCCACCAGAUCCGAUGCCCGCGUCUUCCUCGCCGCACUCCACCGCCGCUUCGAUUCCAAGGACGCCGCCGAACGCUGCUUCCACACCUACCAUUUUCGCAUCCACGACGUCCACGUCGCCGAUUUCGAAGGCUACCAGCAAAGAAAGAAACUGACAAUGAUGGAGAUCCCAAGCAUUUUCAUUCCAGAAGAUUGGUCUUUUACUUUCUAUGAAGGCAUAAAUCGGCAUCCUGGUUCCAUAUUUAAGGACAAGACUGUUGCUGAGCUUGGUUGUGGAAAUGGUUGGAUAUCCAUUGCAAUUGCUGAAAAGUGGUCCCCAUUAAAGGUUUAUGGGCUUGAUAUAAAUCCAAGAGCUGUCAAAGUUGCACGGAUAAAUUUAUUCUUGAAUGCUUUGGAUGAAAAUGGGCUCCCUAUCUAUGAUGAAGAGGGGAAGACUUUGCUUGAUAGGGUGGAAUUUCAUGAAUCUGAUCUUCUCGCUUAUUGUAGGGAUAAUAACAUUCAACUUGAUCGCAUUGUUGGAUGCAUACCUCAGAUUCUUAACCCAAAUCCAGAGGCCAUGUCAAAGAUGAUCACUGAAAAUUCAAGUGAGGAAUUUUUGUAUUCCUUGAGUAACUACUGUGCUCUCCAGGGUUUUGUUGAGGACCAAUUUGGCUUAGGCUUAAUUGCUCGGGCGGUUGAGGAAGGAAUUGCUGUCAUAAAUCCCAUGGGUAUAAUGAUCUUUAAUAUUGGAGGACGUCCAGGCCAAGGUGUAUGCAGACGCUUGUUUGAGCGCCGUGGUUUCCGCAUCACUAGGCUUUGGCAGACAAAAGUUAUGCAGGCUGCUGAUACAGACAUUUCAGCCUUGGUAGAGAUUGAAAAGAACAGUCCACAUCGAUUUGAAUUCUUUAUGGGUCUUGUUGGUGAUCAGCCUAUUUGUGCACGUACUGCUUGGGCAUAUGUCAAGUCUGGUGGUUGUAUUUCACAUUCUUUAUCUGUGUAUAGUUGUCAACUUCGCCAACCAAAUCAGGUGAAAACAAUAUUUGAUUUUCUGAAAAAUGGCUUCCAGGAGGUCAGCAGCUCCUUGGAUUUGUCAUUUGAUGAUGAUUCUGUUGCUGAUGAAAAGAUACCAUUUCUAGCUUAUCUUGCUAGUGUUCUCAAAGAGAAUUCAUUUCUUCCAUAUGAACCUCCAGCUGGAUCUGUGCGUUUCCGUAAUCUUAUUGCUGGUUUUAUGAAGAUAUAUCAUCAUAUCCCACUAACUACCGAUAAUGUUAUAGUAUUCCCGUCUAGAGCUGUGGCGAUAGAGAAUGCUCUACGAUUGUUCUCACCACAACUUGCUGUUGUUGAUGAACAUUUGACCAGACACUUACCCAAGCAAUGGCUAACAUCCUUGCCAAUUGAGGGAAGUGUAGGCAAUGGGAGUGUAGAGGACAUCCUCACUGUAAUCGAGGCCCCACGCCAAUCAGAUCUGAUGAUUGAGUUGAUUAAGAAACUAAAACCACAGGUUGUCAUAACAGGCAUGGCUCAUUUUGAGGCCGUAACUAGCUCCGCAUUUGAAAAUCUGUUAAAUGUUACAAGAGAGAUUGGUUCCCGCCUUUUUCUAGAUAUAUCAGACCAACUUGAGCUGUCUAGUCUUCCUGGAUCUAAUGGAGUGUUGAAAUAUCUCGCUGGAAGGACUCUGCCCUCACAUGCAGCUAUCUUGUGUGGUCUAGUAAAAAAUCAGGUUUAUGCUGACUUGGAAGUAGCUUUUGUCAUAUCUGAAGAAGAGACCAUCUUUAAGGCAUUAUCAAAGACUGUGGAGUUACUGGAAGGGCAUACAGCUUCGUUUAGUCAGUAUUAUUACGGUUGUCUGUUCCAUGAGCUCUUGGCAUUUCAUAUAGCUGACCGUCAUCCAGCUGCAGAGAGGGAAUGUGCAGAUAAAAAAUCUGCAGAUAUGAUAGGGAUUGCAAGUUCUGCCAUAUCUACCCUAAAUGAUGCUGAACUGUCCAUUAGUGAUACAAAAGACUCUACAGUGAUUCACAUGGAUGUAGAUCAAAGCUUCCUACCAAUACCUUCAGCUGUAAAAGCCUCCAUCUUUGAAAGCUUCGCAAGGCAGAACAUGGUCGAGUCCGAAACUGAUGUUCGUUCUGGAAUCCGGCAGCUAGUCAUGAAUAGCUAUGGAUUCUCAUGUGAUAGAUCUUCAGAGUUUAUCUAUGGGAAUUCUCACCUUGCCCUUUUUGAUAAACUCAUUCGUUGCUGCAUACAAGAAAAAGGCACCUUGCUUUUCCCCUCGGGCACUAAUGGGAAUUAUGUCUCCGCAGCAAAGUUCAUGAAAGCAAACAUCAUGACCAUCCCAACACAUUCGGAAGUAGGGUUUAAACUUGUGCCAGAGACACUUGCCACAUUGCUUGGGACAGUAAGAAGGCCGUGGUUAUAUAUAUCUGGUCCCACAAUCAACCCAACUGGCUUGCUCUACAGCAAUGAAGAGAUCAAGGAUAUACUUGCAGUCUGUGCCAAGUUUGGAGCAAGGGUGGUGAUUGAUACUUUCUUUUCAGGCUUGGAAUUUAAUACUGAUGGUUGGGGUGGAUGGGAUUUGCAAAGCAGUCUUUCCAUGCUGACAUGCUCAGGUUCAUCUUUCUGUGUGUCUUUGCUCGGAGGACUGUCAUUUGAGUUGCUGACUGGGGGGCUUGAGUUUGGGUUCUUGAUUUUGAAUGAUUCAUGCUUGAUCGAUACAUUCUAUACAUUUCCAAGCUUGAGCAGGCCACAUAGCACUGUGAAGUAUGCUAUCAAGAAAUUGUUGGGUCUCAGGAUGCAAAAGGCUCAACACUUUGUGGAAGCCAUUGUUGAACAGAAAAAAAUUCUGAAGAAUCGUUCUGACCGCCUAACGAAGACACUUCACAGCUGUGGAUGGGAUGUUGUUAGCUGCUGCGGUGGUGUUUCCUUGGUGGCAAAACCAACAGCCUAUAUUGGCAAAAUACUCAAGAUAGAUGGUUUUGAAGCCAAGCUGGAUGAUGGUAAUUUCAGGGAAGCUGUUCUCAGAGCCACAGGGUUGUGCAUUAACAGUGGGUUAUGGACUGGAAUACCCAACUACUGCCGCUUCACCAUUGCCCUUGAGAGUGCAGAGUUUGACCGGGCAUUGCAAUGCGUGACUCGAUUCAAGAAAUUGGUUUUCGAGAUUUAGAUUAUACGGUACUAUAAGUUGUCACAGUCAUAGUUGAAUACGUACCUGUUCACUCUUUUACUUGUUUCUUCUUUUGAAAUCCAAAUAACUUAUCGUGCUUGUGAAAGCAAACCAAAAUUUUAGCUGUCAUGUUUAUGGUUCUUGCUUGUAAGAACGCAAGCUCUCAUUUUGUUCCUCCAGAGGGGGGGUUGACACACUGGUCCCCAGCUCAAUAGCUCAGCUCCAUCAUUUACUUGUCUA